AUGGAGCAGCUGUGGAGUCUACUCCAGGGAGCGAAAAGGUUGUCCCCACGACCCUCUCAGACCAUAUAUAAGCGUGUGGAAGGCACCCAGCAGGGGCGCCUGGAAGAGGAAGAGGAAGACAGAGAGGAGGAGGCCAAGCCACCAGCUCGCUUCUGUCCCAUGGAGCUGAGGGGCCCGGAGCCCCAUGGCUCUAGACCAGGGCAGCAAACCCUUGGACUCUGGGCAGCAGCUGGACGAAGAGCCGCUCCCUACCUAUUCUUGAUGGCCCUGCUGAUCUUCACCGGGGCUUUCCUUCUGGGCUAUGUGGCCUUCCGAGGGUCCUGCCAGGCAUGUGGGGACGAUGUGCUGGUGGUCAGCGAGGAUGUCAACUAUGAGACAGGCCCAGACUCCCACCAGGGCACAUUAUACUGGAGUGACCUCCAGGCCAUGUUCCUGCGGCACCUGGGAGAGGGGAACCUAGAGGACACCAUCAGGCAAACCAGCCUUCGAGAAAGGGUGGCCGGCUCUGCCGGGAUGGCCGCCCUGACUCAGGACGUCCGUGCUGCACUCUUACGCCAGAAGCUGGACCACGUGUGGACCGACACGCAUUAUGUGGGCCUGCAGUUCCCAGACCGGGCUCACCCCAAUACCCUGCGUUGGGUCGAUGCGGCCGGAAAGCCCGGGGAGCAGCUGCCGCUGGAGGACCCCGAUGUCUACUGUCCCUACAGCGCCACCGGCAACGCCACGGGAAAGCUGGUGUACGCCCACUACGGGCGGCGGGAGGACUUGCAGCACCUGCGGGCCCGGGGCGUGGAGACGGCCGGGCGCCUCCUGCUGGUGCGCUUGGGGGUGAUCAGCUUUGCCCAGAAGGUGGCCAGUGCCCAGGAAUUCGGGGCCCUUGGAGUGCUAAUAUAUCCUGACCCAGCAGACUUCUCCCAGGACCCACACAAACCAGGCCUGUCCAGCCACCGAGCUGUGUACGGACAUGUGCACCUGGGAACUGGGGACCCCUACACACCUGGCUUCCCUUCCUUCAAUCAAACCCAGUUCCCUCCAGUUCAGUCCUCGGGCCUCCCAAGCAUCCCAGCCCAGCCUAUCAGUGCCGACACUGCCUCCAUCCUGCUGAGGAAGCUCGAAGGUCCUGUGACACCCCAGGAAUGGCAGGGAUGGCUCCCAGCCUCCCCUUAUCGCCUGGGCCCUGGGCCAGGCCUGCGCCUAGGGGUCAACAACCACAAAGCCUCCACUCCCAUCAGCAACAUCUUUGGCUGCAUUGAAGGCCGCUCCGAACCAGAUCACUAUGUUGUCAUUGGGGCCCAGAGGGAUGCAUGGGGCCCUGGAGCAGCCAAGUCCGCCGUGGGGACUGCCAUACUGCUGGAGCUGGUGCGGACCUUUUCCUCCAUGGUGAGCAAUGGCUUCCAGCCCCGUAGAAGUCUUCUCUUCAUCAGCUGGGAUGGAGGUGACUUUGGGAGUGUGGGCUCCACGGAAUGGCUAGAGGGCUACCUCAGCCUGCUGCACCUCAAAGCUGUAGUCUAUGUGAGCCUGGACAACGCUGUGCUCGGGGAUGACAAGUUCCAUGCCAAAACUAGUCCCCUUCUAAUCAGCCUCAUUGAGAACAUACUGAAGCAGGUGGACUCUCCUAACCGCAGUGGUCAGACCCUUUACGAGCAAGUGGCAUUCAACAAUCACAGCUGGGAUGCAGAAGUGAUCCGGCCGCUUCCCAUGGACAGCAGUGCAUAUUCCUUCACAGCCUUUGCGGGGGUCCCUGCUGUUGAGUUCUCCUUCGUGGAGGAUGGCCAGGUAUAUCCGUUCCUGCACACGAAAGACGACACAUAUGAGAACCUGCACAAGAUGCUGCGGGGUCGCUUGCCCGCGGUAGCUCUGGCUGUGGCCCAGCUCGCAGGACAGCUCCUCAUCCGGCUUAGCCAUGAUCACCUCCUGCCCCUUGACUUCGGCCGCUAUGGAGACGUCGUCCUCAGGCACAUCGGCAGCCUCAAUGAGUUCUCCGGGGACCUCAAGGCCCGUGGGCUGACCCUCCAGUGGGUGUACUCGGCUCGGGGGGACUACAUCCGGGCGGCGGAGAAGCUGCGGAAGGAGAUCUACAGCUCUGAGGAGAGCGAUGAGAGACUGACGCGCAUGUACAAUGUGCGCAUCAUGCGGGUGGAGUUCUACUUCCUAUCCCAGUACGUGUCACCGGCUGACUCCCCAUUCCGCCACAUCUUCCUGGGCUGUGGAGACCACACGCUGGGUGCCCUGCUUGACCACGUGCGGCUGCUGCGCUCCAGUGGCUCUGGGGCUCUGGAGGUUGCCUCCUCCGGGGUGGCACCCGGCCUUGGCUUCCAGGAGAGCCGCUUCCGACGCCAGCUGGCCCUGCUCACCUGGACACUGCAAGGGGCUGCCAACGCACUGAGUGGGGAUGUCUGGAACAUCGAUAACAACUUCUGA